GCAAGCCCUGCUGUAGCCGUUCGAGCAUUAUGUGCGUGUCCGUAUUAGUUUAUCCAGUCUGUAAACACAUCUCGUUUGAAAAUAAGCCAGGAAGCGCGUAGACUGUUAGACUGUUCCUUUCUCAUUUUUCUUGCACGGAUUUCUCAACAGUUGCCCAGAUGAGGAUGGAAGACCCGGUUGUGUCUAUCUACGAUAUGCUGAUGAAGCGCUACCGACAGCAGCGCCGAGAUGACCAGCAGCAGCAGAAGGAGGCUCCGCCCCAUCGCCAGGCCAGUCGCGAUCUACGUCAGCCCUACGCUGCUCUACAGCAGCCCCAGGCAGGAGUCCAGUUGAGUGCAGACAAGAAGCCCAGGCCGCGGCUGGCUCGCCCACGCCUUGCCGGGGACAGCCUGACUGGCGGAAAGAUGUCCACGAAUGUGGUGACAGCCACCCACCUGACCAAGAAGCAGUCGGGUGUCCUGCUGCAGCCGCCGCUCAAGAAGGAGGUGCUCAAUCAGCUCGUGGCCAAGAUGAGUGGCAAGCAGACGCCGGCUGCAGCAGCCAUCGCUGCAGCCACAGCAGCUCCAGAGAAGCCGUCGACUUCAUUGAACAAGAAGCGUUCGAAGACUGGCAAGGGCUUGAAGUCGUCGCACGGCAGCGAAUCCAGCAAUCGUCGCUCUAGGCCUGUGCUCUCUCCGCGCAAUACCAAUCGGCAACUCAAGUCCCAGAGCAAGCGAGAUAAGUCUAAGAUAAACAAUGAACUGAAGCAGCAGCAGCAGCAGCAGCAGACACCGCCGCCGCCGCCGCAGCAACGUCGACCCAAGAAUCCGGAAUCGGAGCGACAGAAGGUUCGUCUACGGUCUCGUCUCUCCAAGUUUUCUGUGACGGCAAACGACCAAAGUGCUGACAAUGCCGUCCGAUGUCGCCUCUAGGCGUUAUACUAUACAUAUAACGUCUCCAGGCGUUAUAUACUAUAUAUAUA